AUGACGUGUUAUUGUUUGACUACACCAUGCAAUACAAUUUCAGGAAAAUGUCCACCUGGAGGAUGCGAGAAAGGAUGGCAUGGCGAAUCAUGUGAAGGUCCCAAAAAGGUAACAGUGAGAGAUUUUUGGCAUAUGAUUUGGCAGGAAAAUGUUGGGAAAAUAGUGAUGGUUACACCACUUGAAGAAAAUCGAAGGAAUGCGGAAGAAAGAAAGCUUCACCAUUUCCAUUUCACUCAGUGGCCAGAUCAUGGUGUUCCAGAUAGCACCAAACUAGUCAACUAUUACAGGAAAGUAAAAAUUCAAAAGUGUGAUCAAAAUGGACCAAUGAUUGUACACUGCAGCGCUGGAAUUGGAAGAACAGGCACAUUUAUAGCUAUAGACGCAUUAUACGAACAUGGAAAUAAAGUUGGUUAUGUAAAUGUUAUGGAAUAUAUAAAGAUGAUGAGGAAAGACAGAAUGAAUAUGGUUCAAACAUAUGUAGGUAACAUUGUUUUGUUUAGAGAAAGAGCUUUACCCUAG